UUUCAAAGCACUUCCUCCCGGGAGGACAGGAGGUGAAAAGCUGCACCGAACCAAGCGAACAACGGCGAUAAAAACCUGCAGAAACAAAACAUUUUAUUCAAAGUUUAUGAGCUGAAGCCGCUGGUGGAGCAGUCGACGGUGUUUUUUCGGCAGCUGGUUGAGGAAUAAUUCACAUAAAGAGGGAAUGCCAUUGUUAUCAGACGGCACUGCCAGGCUUCUCACCUGUGAGACGGCUGAUGUCAGGAGCCUGGGAUUUUAAUCUCUCACACACACUUAAACACAGGCUCAGAUGACAGCUGUUCAAACCUGUUAAUAUAUUAAACGUCAGAACUCAGGCUAAAAGUCACGGCUGUCAAGUUUCUAUGGCAGGUUUGCUUUUCAUGGUUUUAAUAUUUACUGCACCUUUCCCAUUUAGUGGUAACACGCAGGCUGUCCACAUUACUAAAGAUCCAUCUUCUUACAGCCUCCACUCCAUGGAGGAUUGAAUUUGUUUGAGUUUGAGCUCAUGACAGAGUGCAGUAGCUCAUUUCCACACUUCACCAGCUUACACAGGGCUCCAUAUCCUCAUUAUUUAUUCAUGUAUUCACGGCAAGGCACAACAAGGCAUCUGCUUUCCAUACUAAUGCAAGCAACUGUUGCUCAAACAGCUGCACCUGCCUGUAACCAGGCCUGAGCUUAGAAUAUUUGAUCUUGUAGAUUCUUACAAGUUCACAUGCCUUUUAAUUUAACUUCUGUCCACUAGCAAAGAGUAUAUCCCACAAUGGAUCUUAACCUGCUGUAGCUCAGGGCCUGUCACAGAUAUUGUGUGGCCUCUGGGUGGGGUCAGGGGGGGUUCAGCGGUGGCAGACAAUCAAAGCCUUCAGUCAUGCUGUGCGGGGUGCAGCCGUGCUUCCAGUUGCUGCGGAUCGGGUCGUCUGCAGGGGACUCGGCGAGGGACCUGUACACCUUUAGGCCGGCGCUGAGCCACUCGGUGUUCAGGUUGGGCCGGGCGGCGGAGCUGUGUGACGUCACACUGGACUCCACUUCGGUGUCACGGAUCCACGCCGAGCUGCACGCAGAGAGGGAGGCGGGGGAAGGGGAAGAGGCGCCGCAGGAGGAGGGCUGGAUGGUCCACAUCAAGGACAGGAGCAGUCAUGGCACCUGGGUGAACGAGGUCCGCCUCCAGCCCGGCAUCCAAUGGGAGCUCUCAGACGGGGACACGCUGACCUUCGGGGGCCAGUCAGCUCCAGGGAGCCCCGAGUUCUACUUCCUCUUUCAGAAGGUCAAAGUUCGUCCGCUAGACUUCGAUGCCAUCACGAUUCCAAAGGCUGGCACCUUCUCCUCCGACCUUCAGAACCGGAUCAGAACCAACCAGGAGCGUAAAGCGGCCGCCAACCUGGACCUGUCCAAGCUGUCCAUCAACCGCUCCACCGUCAUCCUCAACUCCAUCGGCAGUCUGAGCAAGAUGAAGGGCAGUGCCUGGACCUUCAAGAGAAGCCACAGCAACGAGGGCACCGCCUCGGACCCCGGCUCCUCCUACUCCCCCCCCCUGGAGGUGGGCAUGUCCUCUCUGCUCCCGCCCUCCACGCCUCCAUCCUUCUCAGCUGCUUCAGUGCCUUCAUCAAAGUUCCAGCAGCCGACCUCCAGGAGCCGCAGGAAGUCGGCCCACACCGUGCUGCUGGAGGACGACAGCUCCGACGAGCCCAGGGGUCGAGGAGCUCCAUCAGGAUCUGUGGAGGACGGACAGAGGUCAAGGGCGAAGAAGCGGCGGCGGCUCUACAAGUCUGAGUCGGAGACUUUCAGCCCCCCCCCUCUGCAGCUGCCGCCCCAGACCCACACCGACAUCCGGCGGCCCCUGGAGGCCAAGCCCUUCCCCGCCGGCAUCAGGACCAUCGGCAGUUUCCACGGCGCCAUGACCAACAGCCGUCUGAACCAGCACCUCCUCCAGGCGUCCUUCUCCAGCCCCGCCGCCCACAAACAGGAAGUGCAGGCGGUGCAGCGCGUACAGACGGUGACGCACGGCAGCAUCGCAGCGUUCCGCCAGCAGAAGUCUGCUCACUGCGCCCCCGCGUCACAGAGGGGCCGGCGGAGGUCCCUCUGCUCCCCCGUGUUCUCCCCCCUGGUGGUGGGAGGGGAGAAGUACAGCCUGGCCUCCCCCUCAGUGAGGAUCUGCACCGAGGAGAGAGGCAGGGUGCAGUUCAACAGGUUCCACCACCCAGCAAGUAAGCGACGGGGCCGGCCCAGAAAGAACCCGCUCCCCCUCCAGCCUUCCCUCCCCUCUCCCUCCUCCUCGUCCUCGUCUUCCACCUCCUCUGCCUCCUCCUCCUCGGGCUCCUCCUCUUCCUCCUCCGAUGAGGACGACGAUGACGAGGAGGAAGAGGAGGAGACUACAAGCGGCGCGGUGGAGCCGUGCGCGGCCCCCCGCUGCCGCCUCCCUCAGCAGGACACGGUGCAGUGGAUCCAGUGUGACGUGUGUGACGCCUGGUUCCACAUAGACUGUCUGCACGUGGACCGCAAGAAGCUGCUGAAGGACCCCAACGCUGACUUCCACUGCGGCUGUCGCUGAGGGGGGGGGGGACACUGGUGGUGUAAAAUAAAAGGCCCCAGUUAGACUUUCCACAUUUACCCCAUUUAAAUCUUUAUUUCCUUUAGCCACACCCGUGGAAAUCCUUUUAUUGAGGAUGCUAAUGGCAGGAAGAAGUCCCUGAUUACUCCAGCCUGAUGUCCCAAGUUUGAGCGUUUGUAAAAGUCCGACGGCAGCUCCAUGAACCUGCUGUCUGCUCAGUUUCAGGGCUCAGGCUUCGGAGAACAAACUGUAAUGAAAUGUCUCAGGCGGGAUUUCAUUAUGGCUUUGACUGCCUGGAGAGGUGCGGUCAGGGCGGGAAACAUGAUGAAAUGUUUCUGAGCAGCGUGGCUGUCGCUGACCAGAGGCUAGGGAGGCUGAUGGAAUGUUUCAGGUCCACGCACAUUCAACUUUAUCGGAUGUCUGCCGCCUUCACUGUUUUAGCGGCGAUUGUUCAGGGCAGAAAGGACCUUCAGUGGACAUUUACGGGAAAAAAACCUUCACACCCAUUGGGCUGUUUCUCCC